AUGGGUUCAAAGAAUCCUAUGCCUUCCGACCCCCCAGACAGCAAACCUCUGACCUGGUGCGGUACGGAACCAUCAAGCAAUCUCAACGAAGCUGAUCUAGCUCCCGUCCCAAAUACAGGCGCCAUGGCGGCAGACGGAAAGAAACAAUACCCCUGCGUCACACAAUCUGGUCUUCAGGAGACAUUCGGCGAGCCACCGAGCGAUGAACAAUCCGGCGAUGGCAGCGGACGGGACCACAUUGUCGUCGGUGUAGGACCCAUCAUCCCCCGCUGGACGGCAUCCACGUCCAAUCCCACCAAGCUCCUCUACUUUCCGGUUCGAGAAGGGUUCCUGAGUGACGCCGACUUUGAGUAUGCGGCAACGGCGUUCCAACAAGCAGCCGACGAGUGGAACGCCAUUGGCUUUGGCGUGAACAUUUCUCGAACAUCCAAUCGCGCACAGGCGAACUUCGUGGUCAGGUACUUCAAACCCGCCGUUGACGAAGGCGUUCUGGCCUCAGCUUUCUUCCCAAACGACGUCGACGAUGUUCUCGUCUACCAUAAGACUCUUGUGGAGCCGCGGUGGAGAGCCAUUCUCAAGAACACCUUCUUGCAUGAGAUCGGACACAUCAUCGGCCUUCGACAUGAGUUUGCCAUCAAGGGGGACACCUUGGGCAAUCGACCGGAGCGGACCCCGGCAAAGCAGUUCGGAAGCGAGAAUCCACACUCGGUCAUGAGCUACGAGGAUAUCAACAACAUUCAGGACACUGACAAGCACGACGUCCGGGAGUUCUACAAGUUGCCGAACAACAGCGAGAUUGACGGGGUCAAGAUUUGGGACUACGUGCCAAAGCCUCUGAGACAGUGA